AGCUGGAGAGACGGCCAGCGUGCUGUAUCCACUCAGCCCGCGCGCCAAGGCGGAGCUGGCGGCCUGAGGACCUAUUAAAAGGCAGUUUCUAUUGAAAAAACAUCAGGCCUAGGACCAAGAUCCAUCUCUUCAUUAUUUUGACAUUGUACAAGUUAUUCAACUUCUCUGGGUUGCAGAUUUCCCAUCUCUAAAGAAAUUCAUUUUGUUUACCUGUCUGAAGAUGAGGCAGAGGACCGUCAUAUCACUGCAGUCUUGUUUUCUCUUGGUUACCUGUCUACUUACUGCUUUGGAAGCUGUACCUAUAGACAUAGACAAGACAAAAGUGAAAAAUACCGAACCUGUGGAUAGUGCAAAGCUAGAACCACCAGAUACUGGACUUUAUUAUGAUGAAUAUCUCAAACAAGUGAUUGAUGUUCUGGAAACAGAUAACCACUUCAGAGAAAAACUCCAGAAAGCAGACAUAGAAGAAAUAAAGAGUGGAAGGCUAAGCAAAGAGCUGGAUUUUGUAAGUCACCGUGUAAGGACAAAAUUAGAUGAAAUGAAAAGGCAAGAAGUAGGAAGGUUAAGAAUGCUCAUUAAAGCAAAAUUGGAUUCCCUUCAAGAUGUAGGCAUAGACCACCAAGCUCUUCUAAAACAGUUUGAUCAUAUAAACCACAUGAAUCCUGACAAAUUUGAAUCUACAGAUUUAGAUAUGCUAAUCAAAGCGGCUACAAGUGAUCUGGAACACUAUGACAAGACUCGGCAUGAAGAAUUUAAAAAAUACGAAAUGUUGAAGGAACAUGAAAGAAGGGAAUAUUUAAAAACACUGAAUGAAGAAAAGAGAAAAGAAGAAGAAUCUAAAUAUGAAGAAAUGAAGAAAAAGCAUGAAAAUCACCCUAAAGUUAAUCAUCCUGGAAGUAAAGAUCAACUGAAAGAAGUAUGGGAAGAGGCUGAUGGAUUGGAUCCUAAUGAUUUUGACCCCAAGACAUUUUUCAACUUACAUGAUGUCAAUAAUGAUGGCUUCCUGGAUGAACAAGAAUUAGAAGCCUUAUUUACUAAAGAGUUGGAAAAAGUAUAUGACCCCAAAAAUGAAGAGGAUGAUAUGAUAGAAAUGGAAGAAGAACGGCUUAGAAUGAGGGAACAUGUAAUGAAUGAGGUUGAUGCUAACAAAGAUCGAUUGGUGACCCUGGAAGAAUUUUUGAAAGCUACAGAAAAAAAGGAAUUCUUGGAGCCAGAUAGCUGGGAGACAUUGGAUCAACAACAGUUCUUCACAGAGGAAGAACUGAAAGAAUAUGAAAAUCAUAUCUCUUUACAAGAAGAUGAGCUGAAGAAGAGGGCAGAUGAGCUUCAUCAACAAAAGGAGGAGCUCCAACGUCAGCAUGACCAACUGCAGGCUCAAAAGAUGGAGUAUCAUCAGGCUGUACAGCAGAUGGAACAAAAAAAGUUACAACAAGGAAUUUCUCCUUCAGGGCCAACAGGAGAAUUGAAAUUUCAGCCACCUGUGCAGUACAAUCAAGAAGAAAUAGAAAAAGAGCCAGAGCUAAAUGACAAGCUUCAUCGUUUCCAUGCAAGAUUUUUAUCCCCAGAAGAACCUGCUAGAGAAGCCCACCUUCAUCCUUAACCACCGGUGCCUUGAGUUAAUAAUUUUUAAGUUCAUUGUUUUUAUUGGUAUUGGGAGAAUAAGUUGUAGCCAGGAAUUUACAAACAUUGCUUUUUUUGUUGUUGUUGUUCCUUGUGAGUGAUGUAAUUGGGAAAACUGUAUAAGUUGUUGUUUUUUUAACUCAGUGCCUGAGAUAGUUUAUUGUGCCAGCCUGGCCGAUAAACACAAGUGGGAUUA